ACGGGAGCCCGGCGGCCCGGGCUUCUGCGAAACAUGGCGGUCGGCUGGUACCAUAACACAAGGAACAAAUGAGCAGAAACUGAAAGAUUGAAGAAGGAUCGGUCUUGGUGCAGUUACCACUAAGCAGCAUGACUAUAUGAAAGAAGAAGAAGGUUUUCCUGAAGAUGAGGCGACUGAAUCGGAAAAAAACCUUGAGUUUGGUGAAAGAGUUGGAUGCCUUUCCAAAGGUUCCUGACAGCUAUGUAGAGACUUCAGCCAGUGGGGGUACAGUUUCUCUAAUAGCAUUUACCACUAUGGCUUUAUUAACCAUAAUGGAAUUUUCAGUAUAUCAAGAUACAUGGAUGAAGUAUGAAUAUGAAGUAGAUAAGGAUUUUUCUAGCAAAUUGAGAAUCAAUAUAGAUAUUACUGUUGCUAUGAAGUGUCAAUAUGUUGGAGCAGAUGUAUUGGAUUUAGCAGAAACAAUGGUUGCAUCUGCCGACGGUCUAGUUUAUGAACCAGUAAUAUUUGAUCUUUCACCACAGCAAAAAGAGUGGCAGAGGAUGCUGCAGCUGAUUCAGAGCAGACUCCAAGAAGAACAUUCACUUCAAGAUGUCAUAUUUAAAAGUGCUUUUAAAAGUGAUUCAACAGCACUUCCACCAAGGGAAGAUGAUUCAUCACAGCCUCCAGAUGCUUGCAGAAUUCAUGGUCAUCUCUAUGUCAAUAAAGUAGCGGGGAAUUUUCACAUAACUGUGGGCAAGGCAAUUCCACAUCCCCGAGGUCAUGCACACUUGGCAGCACUUGUCAACCAUGACUCUUACAACUUUUCUCACAGAAUAGAUCAUUUGUCUUUUGGAGAGCUUGUUCCAGGAAUUAUUAAUCCUUUGGAUGGAACUGAAAAAAUUGCUGUAGACCACAACCAGAUGUUCCAAUAUUUUAUUACAGUUGUGCCAACAAAACUACAUACAUAUAAAAUUUCAGCAGACACCCAUCAGUUUUCUGUUACAGAAAGGGAACGUGUCAUUAACCAUGCUGCAGGCAGCCAUGGAGUCUCUGGGAUAUUUAUGAAAUAUGAUCUCAGUUCUCUUAUGGUAACCGUCACUGAGGAGCAUAUGCCUUUCUGGCAGUUUUUUGUAAGACUCUGUGGUAUUGUUGGAGGAAUCUUUUCAACAACAGGCAUGUUACAUGGAAUUGGGAAAUUUAUAGUUGAAAUAAUUUACUGUCGUUUCCGACUUGGAUCCUACAAACCUGUCAGUUCUGUACCCUUUGAGGAUGGCCACACAGACAACCACUUACCUCUUUUAGAAAAUAAUACACAUUAGCACCUCCUGAGUGAAGGAGAAAAACUUUUUGCUUGAGACAUAAAACCUUUUUUAAUAAUAAAAUAUUGUGCAAUAUAUUCAAAGAAAAGAAAAUACGAAUGAGAAGUGGGAACCACACCUAGGGGGAAAAAAAAAGAAAGAAAAACCCAAACUGAAAUCCUAUAUAUGUUGUGUCUGUUACAAAUGUCCUAGAAGAAAUUAUGCAGCUAAUCAGUGAAUAAGCCCAACUGGAAUAUUGCUUGGAAGAUGACCCCUUCUGAUAUUUUCAUAGCAAAUGGGCAGUAUCGAAAUCAGACCUUGCUUCUUGGUUGCAAAGAGCCUGAAGGAAAGAAGUCAAACCACAUCUAAAGAAAAAGGCAUUGAUAAGUGCAAAUGUUUGCGUCCUUUUGUUUUUAAAAGAUAUGUCAGAAUAAAAUAUGUAAAACAUAUGGAAAACUAGUCUAGACUUUAAAAAGUUGUGAUCAGGUCACACUGUUAAUAAAGGAAAACAGGGAUGGGUCCCUAUGUUAUAGCCAUAUCCAUGUUAAGCCAUAAUGACAAGACCAUUUAUCCAAUAAUUUGGUCUGAGGAAGGUAACUGCUUUUCUUUAAACUCUGGCUGUUGGCUUUUUCUAACAGUUCAAGGCAGGGUCAUGGAAGAUUGAGGUGAGCAGGUACCUAGGUGCUAUAAUAUGUAACAGAGGUAUCAUUCACAAAUUGUAGAGUGGGCACUUAUACAGGGAGAAGAAAGCACAUUUUUUUUUAAAAAAGAUGCUACAUUUUCUAAUCUGAUCCUUCUAUACACUUUGGAAGUGGGAGGUGAGUAAUAACAAGGCCCACUACUGAUGAUGAAAAUUAUCAGCCAAUAAAGUAUUAAAAGGAAAAGUAUAAUAUUUUAUACAUGUUUGGGUGAGGGACAACAGGGUAACUUAAAGUAGAAACAUGAGGCAAAUAUUUAAGACAAGAUAAUGUCAGAUCUGUAAGAUUAUCAUUAGACAAUGUCCAUUAAGCUGUAAAACUGGAUUAUGAGUGUUUGCAUUCAGAGCGUCCUGAAUGGGAUUGAUUUUGUUAUUUUGUUUUGUGUUGUUCUAGCUUUCUCAGUAUUUAAGGAUUGAUUUUAAAUUUCCAGACUAUAAAAGAUAAAAAUAAUGAGAGGGAGAUACACUCAGGUGCCAUUAAAAACUAUAUUUGGAA